GAGCCUGGCAGUCUGUGGGGCAUGAGCAGAAGCACCGGAGUGACGUCUCCCUGCUUCUCCCACAGAUAACGAGCUACACGGCCAUGGGAACCAUGCUCCAAGCAACACAAGCGAUGGAUGGAGAAAAAACACCACCACCACCACCGAGUUUGACACAAUUGUCUUGCCUGUACUUUAUCUCAUCAUAUUUGUGGCCAGCAUCUUGCUGAAUGGCCUGGCAGUGUGGAUCUUCUUCCACAUUAGGAAUAAAACCAGCUUCAUAUUUUAUCUCAAAAAUAUAGUAGUUGCUGACCUCAUAAUGACGUUGACAUUUCCAUUUCGAAUAGUCCAUGAUGCAGGAUUUGGACCUUGGUACUUCAAGUUUAUCCUCUGCAGAUACACUUCAGUUUUAUUUUAUGCAAACAUGUAUACUUCCAUCGUGUUUCUUGGCCUAAUAAGCAUUGACCGCUAUCUGAAGGUGGUAAAGCCAUUUGGGGACUCUCGCAUGUAUAGUAUAACCUUUACAAAGGUUUUAUCCAUUUGUGUUUGGGUAACCAUGGCUGUUCUGUCCUUGCCAAACAUCAUUCUAACGAAUGGUCAACCUACUACAGAAAAUGUCCAUGACUGCAUGAAAUUUAAAAGUCCCUUGGGAGUCAAAUGGCAUAAGGCAGUCAUUUAUGUCAACAGCUGCUUGUUUGUGGCUGUGCUGGUGAUACUGAUUGGCUGUUACAUUGCCAUAUCAAGGUACAUCCAUAAAUCUAGCAGGCAAUUCAUAAGCCAGUCAAGCCGAAAGCGAAAACAUAACCAGAGUAUCAGAGUGGUAGUGGCUGUGUUUUUUACCUGUUUUCUACCAUACCACUUGUGCAGAAUUCCUUUUACUUUUAGUCACUUAGACAAACUUCUGGAUGAAUCUGCACAUAAAAUCCUGUAUUACUGCAAAGAAAUGACACUUUUCCUGUCUGCAUGCAAUGUGUGCUUAGAUCCAAUAAUUUACUUUUUCAUGUGUAAGUCAUUUUCAAGAAGGCUGUUCAAGAAAUCAAACAUCAGAACCAGGAGUGAAAGCAUCAGAUCCCUACAAAGUGUCAGAAGAUCAGAAGUCCGCAUAUAUUAUGAUUACACUGAUGUGUAGCAACUAAAGAUUACUAGGUAUUCCCAUUUGUUGAAAAAAAAAAAAUCAAUGUGUACAAAGUGUAAAUAAAUGUUUCUUUUGAUUAUCCU